ACAACACGACAGGGGGGAGAGAGAGAGAGAGAGAGAGACAGAAAGUCAGCAAUUUCCCUCUUACCUAUCUUCUUUUCCAACCAUUCUAUGCAAAGAAGUGUUCUUUUUCCCCUGAAGCAUAUUCAACUAAGCUUUGAUUUCUUCCCAAGGAAUGGAGCACAAGUCCCAAAUCCAAGUCCCAAGAGUGAAAUUGGGUACUCAAGGCUUGGAGGUUUCUAGAUUGGGCUUUGGAAGUGGAGGACUUUCUGGAAUACUAAAUGCUCCACUCUCCCAUGAAGCUGGAUGUUCAAUUUUAAAGGAGGCUUUUCAUAAGGGUAUCACCUUCUUUGAUACAGCAGAUGUCUACGGACAAAAUCAUGACAAUGAGAUCAUGAUCGGCGAGGCACUGAAGCAGCUUCCUCGAGAAAAAAUUCAGUUAGCCACAAAAUGUGGCAUUAGCUCGGUUGAUGGGAUUCAUGUUGAGAUCAAGGGUAGCCCUGAUUAUGUGCGACAAUGCUGUGAAGCGAGUCUCAAACGGCUUGAUGUGGACUAUAUUGAUCUUUUCUACACGCAUCGUGUGGAUUUGUCAGUGCCGAUUGAGGAUACUAUGGGGGAGCUCAAGAAGCUAGUGGAGGAGGGAAAAAUAAAAUACAUUGGAUUAUCCGAAGCCAGUGUAGACACCAUAAGGAGAGCACACGCAGUUCAUCCUAUCACUGCCGUACAAAUGGAGUAUUCUCUGUGGACUCGUGAUAUUGAAGAGGAUGUACUUCCACUUUGUAGGGAACUUGGAAUUGGGACAGUGGCAUAUAGCCCUCUUGGUCGUGGGUUCUUUGGUGGGAAGGCGGUUGUAGAGAACUUGCCUGCAGAAAGCGAGUUGUCUAUGCAUCCAAGGUUCUCUGGGGAGAAUUUAGAGAAAAACAAAAUUCUAUAUGCCCAAUUUGCAGACUUGGCAGCAAAACAUGGCUGCAGCCCUCCUCAACUAGCUUUGGCAUGGCUUUUCCAUCAAGGAAAUGAUGUGAUUCCAAUCCCCGGAACAACUAAGAUUAAGAACCUUGAUGCUAACAUCGGAUCUGUGGUGGUGAAGCUUACACAUGACGAUUUGAAAGAAAUUUCCGAUGCAAUUCCCAUUGAUGAUGUGAGUGGAGUGAGGGAAUUCGAUCUCUUAUCUAGAUAUACUUACAGGUCUGCAAAUACCCCACCAAAAAUAUAACUUGGAAGAACACAUCUAUUCAAGUGUGAAUCAUCAACACUAAAAUACUUAUGCUAUGCUUUCUUAUCUUCUUGUUCCAAAUUUUAUGUUGCUAAACAUGAAAAACUAGUAAACAAUACAGAGUAUAAAAGAAUUUCUGUUGCAAACGAACAAGAGCACCUAUCAUUUCCUAUGCAAUGUGAUUGUCACUGUA